AUGAUGGAGGAGAAUGAACUCUGUUUUCCACAUCUCAACACCUCCUGCAAAAAGCGAAACAGCUCUAGCUUUGUGCUGAUUCAUAUCAUGCUCUCCUUUAUCUCAGUGCUCACUGUGAUUCUUAACCUGCUGGUGAUCAUCUCCAUCUUUCACUUCAAGAAGCUCCACACCCCUACUAACCUCCUCCUCCUCUCUCUGGCUGUCUCCGAUUUCUUUGUCGGCCUCCUCAUAUUGUUUCAAUUUCUGCUCAUAGAUGGCUGCUGGUACCUUGGUGACAACAUGUGUAAUCUGUAUUUAUUUUUUGACAUUAUGAUUACAUCCUCCUCUGUAGGAAACAUGGUGCUCAUAUCAGUUGAUCGCUAUAUUGCCAUUUGUGAUCCCCUGCACUAUUUAACUAAAGUCACUGUGAGACGAGCUUCAGUCUCUAUUGUUCUCUGUUGGAUCUGUUCUUUUAUUUACUGCAAUAUUCUCAUGAAAGAGGACUUUGAACAUCCAGGCAAGUUUACUUCCUGCUCUGGAGAGUGUGUUGCUCUUAAACAUUAUAUUACGGGAGUUGUUGAUCUAUUUUUUACUUUCAUUGCUUCUGUCACUGUCAUCAUAGUUCUGUAUGUGCGGGUCUUUGUGGUGGCUGUGUUACAGGCUCGAGUCAUGAGGUUUCAUGUUGCAGCUUCCUCCCUCCACAAAUCAGCAACUGCUAAGAAAUCUGAAAUCAAAGCAGCCAGGACUCUUGGGGUUGUUGUAGUGGUGUUUCUUGUUUGCCUUUGCCCAUAUUUCUGUGUCGCACUUUCAGAACAGGACUAUUUAUUCAAUGCUUCAUCUGGUUCCUUUGUCAUAUAUCUCUUCUACUUUAACUCCUGUCUAAACCCCCUGAUCUACGCCUUUUUCUACUCCUGGUUCAGGAAAUCUGUCAGACUCAUUGUUACACUUCAAAUACUAAAAGCUGGAUCCUGUGAGGCCAACAUACUACAAAAAGAUGUUGUGAAGUGA